AUGAACUUUUUCCUUCCCUCUCAAGAAACGUCCUGGCCGUCGAAAAGGGCUGGUAUAUGGAAAAACACGCAUCAAGAACCUUUUGUCGUUAUUAAGCCUGAAGAGCACCCCAUACCAAAGCUGAUAGAGGAGGCUGAAUCGAAAUACGAGGAAAAGCUGCAACGGCAGAGUAAGAGCCUAGAGGAUGCAGUGGAAGAGUACAGAAGACGAUAUAGACGGGCACCGCCCAAGGGCUUCGACGAGUGGUGGGAUUUCGCGCAAAAGCACAACGUGAAGAUGGUAGAUGAGUACGACGGGUUGAUGGCGGAUUUGGCUCCAUUUUUCGAACUUUCUGGUGAAGAAGUACGCCGCCGUGCUGCCCAGGUUGGCCAACUGUCAUCGAUUGAUUUGCUUCGCAUAAAGGACAGAAAGAUCACGAUCGAAAAUGGCCAUGGAAGGUUCAAUGACUCGGAAAUCAGUGCUCGAGCUCGUGGAUUCCGUUCUAUGCUUGCGAAAUUUGUGAAAAAGCUUCCAGACAUGGAGUUUCCGAUUAAUGCUAAGGCAGAAGGCAGAGUUAUCGUGCCUUGGGAGCAUCAACGUUACCCUAAUCUCACGCUGCAAAAUUCUACAGGUGGUAUUGACUCAAUGCUGGGCGGGAAGUUCAAGCCAGAUUGGGGUACAGACGGCAACGUUUGGGACUCGUGGCGUCGAACCUGUCCUCCAGACAGUCCCGCUCGCCGCCUUUAUUCCUCUCGACGGACUCAUCAAGUCGUUUAUCAAGGAAAAGCCUACUUGACCUCCGAGUCCGUUGCUCCAAGUGGCGGUUAUGAUUUUGGCUUCUCACCAACCACGUCUUCUCUUGUCAAUUACUGCGAUGAACCCCACUCACAUGUCCUUCAAGGCCACUUCUUCUCCGACUGGCGAACAAUACCGGCGCUGUACCCGAUAUUCAGUCCAGCCAAGACCAGAGGAUUUCUAGAUAUCAGAAUUCCCAGUCAUUAUUAUUACGGAAGCACGAAAGAGUAUACCUAUGGUUGGGACACUGACAAGAAGAAGCUGGUGGAGGUGGACGCUAUGGAAGUUCUAUGGGAAGACAAAAUCGACAAGAUUUUCUGGAGAGGUGCGACCACGGGAGGCGGAAAUCACCCACCCGGCUUCACGCCUAAUUUUCAAAGGCACAGAUUUCUACGAAUGGCCUCAGAUAAAUCGGAAACUAAACGCACAGUCCUCGUUGCAAAACCUAAUUCUACGGGUUUCGUUCCUGUUUCCGUUCCAAUUGGCCAACUGAACGAGGAGAUCAUGGACGCUGCUUUCGUUAAAUUAACAGGAGAGUAUCCUGGCGGCCGCACAGCACUUAUGGCUGCACACCGCUUCGCGACUUCUGUCCCAUUGGGAAAACAUUGGACAUACAAGUACCUGGUCGAUAUGGACGGGAUGAGCUACAGCGGUAGAUUUCUUGCCUUCCUUGCUAGUGACAGUGUGCCUCUCAAAGCCACUGUAUAUGACGAGUUCUUCUCCGAUUGGAUUCAGCCUUGGUAUCACUUCAUUCCUUUGUCACCAACAUACCAAGAAGUCUACAACAUCUACAUGUAUUUCUCUGGGCCAACAUUGGCUGUUUCCAAAGCAGUGAACUUUACAGACAUGACUAUCCCCUCUUCAAACGAGAAGCGGGCACCCCCACUGAGGGGCGACGAGUACUUGCGUCGGAUCGCCACUGCCGGAAAGCGUUGGAAGAAAACCAUUGGUCGGACGUUAGAUAUGGAGGUCUACGUCUACCGACUGUGCUUAGAGUGGGCUCGACUUUGGGCAGAUGAUCGUGACUCCAUGAAUUUUGGCCUCCAGUCACCGCCGGCGGGACGACAUUGGCCGGCUAAAGUUAAGAAUCAUUAG